AUAUAGAAUCAAGUUUGCGCCACACAUGGCGUCCAAGAACCGACGCCAUCUAACGUCUGGCAUUCCUGUUUUUUUCGUGCGGGUAAAAUCACGGCUUUCUAUAGCGCGCAAGCCUUUAUCGUUUUGUUUUGUAGAAUUCGGUAAGUUAAGUGAAUAUCUUUGGUAAAUUGACUAUGCUGUGCGUAUAUUGAAUGAAAUGUUAGCUGAGAAAAAGCGUUCACGCGUCAAGGAAGUGUGUGGGAAAAUGAGUUAACCGUGUGUUAACGCGCAGUGGUCAACAAUCCGUGGAAGUUUAGUAAGGGAAUAUAUAUCCGUAUUCAGGACUUGAUAACGUCGAGUAUUUAGAGAGACGUGUUUAAUCAGUGCAAAAUGAGUGCAUCGGCCUUAAAAUCAACGAUACCUGGAGUAGGUACAUCUCCAACUUCUACCAGUCAUUCUAUUCUUCCAAUGAAUGCAAUGGCGCAAAAGGUUGUAUCAGGCUCGGAGCCAGGAGCUAUGAAACCUCUACCGGGAACUGGGUUGAGCUAUGUCACACUGCAACCGCCCAGUCAACCGUUGAGUUUAGUACAAGAUCAUAGACCAUCUGUAUAUCAGACACCGCCGUAUGUAAGCGGUAAUUCUGAAAAAGAAUCGGACUUAGACAAAUUAAUCCCGAACGGAGUGGAAAUUAUAAAAACUGAAACUGAACAGACUAUAUCUGUUGCUAUCAAACAAAGCGAAUCGAAUAGAAAUAAUAAUUUAAGUCCAGAUAAUCCUACACAAGAUUCACAGAGAGAAAUUCAAACAGAGCAAGAGAUGACUUCGAUUGGUUUAGAUUUUCCUGCAUUAUGUCCACAACUACAAACCAAGGUUGAAGAAAAGAAAACGCCUGUAAAUAAUGGUUCAAAAGAGUCUGACGGAAUGCCAGUCAGUGCGCCUGUAAAAAAGGAAGUAACCACACAUAAACCAGAAGAUGCGCCAGCAAAACCUGAUAAUCAGAAGAUAAAAGCUACAACUCAGAGUAUAAAAGUAGCGGUAGAUAAUUCUCCAACGUUGCAAGCAAGUAAUCCACCAAAGGUAGAAACGAAAGUGACUGCUUCACCGAAAGCUAAUAAAAGAAAAUCUAGAGAAUUGAAAGAUUUGAAAGGGUUACAAGCAACAUCAGAUGGAGCAAGCAAGCCAAAAAGAAAUAGAAUUCAAACACAGCCUUAUCAGAGUCCAUUGCCAGAAAUUGCAUUAAUUGUUAAGAAUUUGAACAAGCCUCCGCCAUCAAAAGCAUCUGAUGACAAACUUAUAGUAUUUUACAAAAAUGAAUUUUUGGCUGUGAGAAAUGCAGAAGGAAGCUUUUACGUAUGUCAAGCAAUGCAAAAUAUAUAUAAGUCGAGCAGACGAAUUCGUAUACGUUGGCUUUCUCAAGACAAAAAUAAUGGAGAAAUAUAUUCACCUGACUUUUAUGAUUUUAUAGACUUCGAUUGUAUAUUAACAAAUUUAAAUUUGAACAAAGUUGAUAAAAAUAAAUAUCAACUAACCAAGAUAGAAUUGUUGCGUACAGAGAAUAUUUUAAAAAGAGCAAUUGAUGUUGAAGCUGGAGUAUCUGAAAAGCCUCGAGUAACAGAAGAACAUCCGGAUGGACUUGACCUUUCACUUUACAAAGAUGAAUCACAAUUAAAAAGAAGAAAAAAUCAUAACUUACACAAACAGAAGCAAAGUUUGCGUAAAAAAUCGAAACGAACUGAUAGCUCUUCUGAGAAUGAAGCACCUGAAGAGGAAUCAGGGAAAAAAUCUCCUAAAUCGAACCGCUCUAAAAAACGAACAGUUAACAAAGCCUUGGCAAUUGCUAAGUCUGUAGUAAAGGGUUCGAGUAGAGCAGAAAGAGCGCUAAAUAGAAAUACAAAAUCUGGGAAUGAAAGUGCUGCUACUUCUACCACUGCACCUGCUAAUGCCAGCGUAACCACCAGUACUACGGUUACCAAUACCGUUCCAUCCGUGGAUGGAGCAAAAAAUAAUACUGACGUUAAAAAGAGUGAAAUUAAAAAAAGCACAAAACAGCAAAGUAACAAUAACACAAGUUCGGUUUCAAGGACAAAACAACGUGCAACUGCACAAAACACGCAACAGAGUAACAAAGCAGCAGCAGGACGUCCGAAACGUAUGGCUGCCACCACAGGUAUUCUGUCGAGUGAAGAGUCUCCUUCUCGAAAAAAGCCACGUGGUCGAACAUAAGAUUAACAUAAUUUACAUGUUUUUCCUGUGUUACACCUAGAACAGAGUCUGUACCGUAGGCAAUAUGUACACGUAGUACACUCUUUAAAAUUGCGAUCAAUUUGUAAUGUAAUAUAUAUGAUCUCAAGAUUCUUAUAUCUAUCAGGUGCUGCAUUAUAUUAUAGUCCAACAAUGUGGGAUCAACAAUUUAUAUAACUGUGCGGCAAAUCGCAUUUAACGGAAAAAAAGACUCAGAGACUUAUAAGAGUGAUAUUGUGAUAUCAUACAAAAUUUGUACAUAUCGUCUACGUUUCAGAUUCCCUACAGGAGAAGAAAGUCACGGAAUGUAUGAAGAGAACGGUACCUUGGUUGAGUAAUAACUAUCUACAGGGUGUCACAUGCUAAUGCACUCUUGCAAUAGUCUAUUUUUGAUGUUGUGAAUGAACUGUACGUGAUUCAGUUGAGUUUAAAUGUACACUUUCCAUUGGAUAUGAUAGCUAUGUACAAAUAUAUAUGUCUGGGGCUUACGCGUACUCUAUGAAAAGAUUAAAACAGAAAAGAGAGUACCAGAGGAUAAGAACAAUCCGUGAAUUAUCGAUCUCCAAGUUAUGGAUCGGUAGAUUUAGAAGUACAAUAUCUGUACAUUACGCUGAAUCUUUGCUAUUUAAAAAAUAGCACACAGAAUGGUCCAGCGCCUAUAUUAAAGACAGGCAGAGAAAAAAAGUGCCCUCAACUGUAAAUCCUUGUCCUGUUAUUGAAUCUUUGGAUUCAUAAAAAGAAAAAUCUUAUGGCUAAAAAAGAUAUAAGGUUAAUUAUAGUUUAUUUUCGAAUCAUUUGUAUCAAUGAAUCGUUAACAUGAUUCAUUGUUACGAAAAGAAAGUCGAGUGAAUCAUCUUGAUUAAUUAUGGUGGUGUCAGACUAUAAUUUAGCCACAUAAACAUAUUAUAUUCCUUUCUUUAAAAAAGAUAACAGCACUUAUUUACUCUGAUAAGUCUGGAUUAAAAAUGUAUAAACAUGCUUUAUCUAUAUAUUAUUUUAUUUUUCAAAGAUUAUGGACAAAGUGUAUAUUUACCGAGAGAUAGAUGAUUAUGAUUUACAUUUCACCAAAUCUAAAUUCUUAUAGUUUAACAUAGUUUAUAGUUUAUAUUGUGUCGAAAUGUAUUAUUGGGUAUACAAAUUUGUGUCAGUAAUUAAGAAAGGGGAUUUAUUGUAAUGUCAUUUUAUUGCAUUGUACAUUGAGCGAAGGUAUAUCGAGACAUGUAUUUCUUUUUCUACGUUACAGCGAUAGAGUGAAAUACCUUAUAAUCUAUAUUAAAUAAAAUCUAAGAAAUAAAAUGUCUUUGGUUUUCAAUGAAACCAAAGACAGUUUGUAUCGCUUUAAGUUACAUGCUUUUUAUAAUUGAAAAUUCUGUCUCCGGAGAUGUGUGCACUUACCUUUAUGCAUCGGCCGUUGAACAUGCACAAACUUAAUGAGAAAAUAGUUUCUCACCUACAUGAUUUUAUCUACGUAUGUACAUAAUAAAGAUUAGGUAAUCGAAAUUGUGAAAAUGAAUACAAAAAUUUAUGAGCGUUUGGAAUCUUGAAGGCUAAUGUAUCUUAUUCAUUUGAUAGAACGUCUCACUUAUUGCGUUGCAACGAACAAUUGCAAAACUUCGUCUUUUGUUUCAACAGUCACUGAACCGAUGUACGAUGUACAUAUAUUUCAUAAGCUUACAACAUAAUAACAACAGAGGGAUGCCGUUUAAAUGAGUAGGCAUAUCGACUUCUAUUGAAAAUAGGAUAAUUAUUACAUUAAAUGGUUACAAAUGGAUUUAAUUCAUGAGAUAGGAGAUGAAUAAGAUACCAAUCCUGUCAUUGGUUCAUGGAAUAUUGUAUUUAAAUAUACACAUACAUAAUGUAUAAAUUUAAAAUAUAACACAAACGUAAUGUAUAAAUUUAGUAAAAGAAAAAUUCUAAUGACGAAGACCGAAGAAAUUUGCUUAUAUUGUUAUUGAAUUUUUGCUUUCAAAGCAACAUCACGUUUAUCUUUUUCUUUCCUUGGGGAAUUAGUUGUAUAAUAUCAAAGUAAUUCAGUGGACGGUGCAAAUAAUAAUUAAUAUCGUCAUUAGCGUCAAUGGAAGACAUGUAACAUAUAAAUAAAUUUCCAAGUCAAUCUGCACUUUAUUAUUUCGAGAGGCGAUAAAUUUCACAACGCGUAUAAAUACAGCUCUCGAUAUUCUUCUCGUGAGCCACUUCUAUGUCUAAGACAAAAUAGUAUGAAGGAAACUGAAUCGAAAAGCAACGAUGCAUUUGCGUGCGGGCUGAUAUUUGUUGAGAAUACUUGAAUCUAUGUUAAAUUCCAUAGAUUGAAAUUUCAAUGUAUAUACUAUUGAUCGAUCAUUCUACAAAAAAUCAUCUGUCGCUUUAUACACGAUAAAAUUGGAAAUCAUGUUAAUUGCUUGUUG